GCAGUAUUACGCCGAGUAUUUGUGUUGGUCUAGUUCGUUUGCUAGAAAGUUGGUGUGGUUGGUUUGUGGGUGUCUGUGUUGAGAAGCACAGCUGAUUCGUGGAGUCGCGAUAGGUCGAAGGAAAUGAUUGAUACGGGCUGGUACGGUUAGUCAUCAGCAGGAGACAGCGAUUUCGACGACGUCCGUCAGUUUUGUGGAAAACUGACUGCCCCGUUCCGCAACUGCGUCAAAUGAUCACCGAUAGAAAUCCAUUGUUCGUCUUUCUUUGUGAUUCUUAAGAUACGCGAUUAGAGAUAACAGUCCUUGUUUUUGUUGGGAGUUUUAUUUUCUAUCAUUUGUUUUGUUACGCGAGUUCAGUGUUGUUUACUUUGAAUACCCUGAAAUCGUCAUGUUUUGAUGGGCGUUUCGGGAUAUACGGCUUACGUGUCAUUUAUGGUGUCUAACUGUAUUUGUGUGGCCUGAUAAAUGGACAUGGCAACAAACAGAAAUGCCGCGGCUCAGAGGCCGAACGGUGCCCCACAGACGAAAGUGUGCCAGUUCAAGCUGGUGCUGCUGGGCGAGUCCGCGGUGGGCAAGUCGUCACUCGUGCUGCGCUUCGUCAAGGGCCAGUUCCACGAGUACCAGGAGAGCACCAUCGGGGCCGCCUUCCUCACGCAGACCCUCUGCCUCGACGACACCACUGUAAAGUUUGAAAUAUGGGACACGGCGGGGCAAGAAAGGUAUCACAGUUUAGCGCCCAUGUACUACAGAGGGGCGCAAGCAGCCAUCGUAGUUUACGACAUCACUAAUCAGGACACAUUCGGCCGUGCAAAGAACUGGGUGAAGGAGCUCCAGAGGCAGGCAUCCCCGUCCAUCGUGAUCGCCCUAGCGGGCAACAAGAGCGACUUGGCCGCCAAGCGCAUGGUCGAGUUCGAGGAGGCGCAAGCGUACGCAGAUGAAAACGGCCUGCUCUUCAUGGAGACCAGCGCCAAAACGGCAAUGAACGUUAACGACAUAUUCCUAGCUAUCGCGAACAAGUUACCAAAGAGCGAGAGCGCGGGCGGCGGCGCGGCGGCGGGCGCGCGGCGCCUCAACGACGCGGACGCGCCGCGCGGCUCCUCCUGCUGCAAGUGAUACGAGCAGAUUAUAUCGCAACAGGGCGAGGGAGCGCGCGGGGGCUGAGGUAGGCUAUUUAUAAAGAAUUAUCGCCGACGACGACCGCGUCCUAUUACUAAUAGAUACUAUACAAACACAGACAUCCUCUCCCGGCGCACCGACAUUGGCCCCACGGUCGCUUACCAAUGUACAAUCGAAUGUUGGUGCUGCUAUUUGCUACACGUACAUUGGCUCAAAUAACUUCGCCAAUUUUCGUUUGUAAGGGUCAUAACACACUGGCGAUUUGCGAGCGUGUCCUUAUGAACGCGCGUUCUUUAUGCAGGAAAAGAAGUGAACCAAAUUUUUUUUUAACUAAAUUUGUUCUACACAUUAUAAUAACUAUAAGCAUAUUGAAAAAUUCUAAAUCAAAUGCUUAAGUUUUAUAACAAAUAAGCCAAGAUUUUUUUGGUUUGCGUGGAAUAUACUUAAAAAAGGUUCCACGCUUGCAUUGUGCUUUAUGCAUUUACAAAUUUAAGAGGUUUCUUGUGCCCAAAUAUUCCAGUUCAGUAUUUUGUUGUAGCCCAUUUAAAGCUUAAGAGCCUUAAUAUUUAGCAUUCCAGUGAAUGUAGUGCAAGUGUUUAGUAAUAAUCGACUUGAUUGAUUGACAACUUUAAUUUUUUUUUAGAUUUAUGUAACCCAAACCUCCUUAAACCUUGCUUGGUGCUCUAGUUACGCCACAGAAAUGUAACUAGUUGUACCUAAGUGUAAAUUACCCAUAAAAACUCUAUUGUAAUGAGCGAGUGAGUGAUUAAUAUUUCAAAGUCAAAGUUUUAACUAUUAGAUAACAACCCUGUAAUUAUGGUGCGUGUUUAUAGUUUUUAUUCCAUCGCAUUCACUCAAUGAGAUUACGAUGUUAGCUAAAUUCGUUAAGUUUAAACGCACGAUAAAAGGGUUUAACUCGUCCUGUAGUUGCUAGCAUACAUACCACGAGAAAAUUAUGUCUCCGCAUUAUCUCGUCUAUCGUUAUAGUAUAAAAAA